AGCUGGUACAGCGUUAUCUAUGCCUGGAGGUACUGCGUGAACUGUCUUCACUACCAUUCUCUCUGCCUUCCUUUCAUCAGCUGCUAGUUCCCUUCUUUUAGGUUUAGCACUAUCGUUUUUCAGACUGCAGACUCGUUGUUCAUUCCCUUGGUUCUGCUUUAAAAAAAGCUUACAGGAUACUGCACAGAUUUACAUUUUCAGUUGAAGAUCGAAACAUUUGGGAUUUUCUGAAGAUGGUGAAACUGGGGAGUAAUUUACAAGACAAAAGCACCAAACCGUCUAGUGUGGAGGAUGGGUUUCAAAGUGUUCCCCUGAUUGCACCCUUGGACGUAAACCAUCUGCAGUACCCCGCUCCAGACAAGGUUGUUGUUAAAACAAAAACUGAAUAUCAGUCUGAUCAGAAAAACAAAGGAAAGCUGAAGGGACCAAAAAUUGAGGAAUUUACUAUUAGCUUCAACGAUGGAGUUUCAGAAAGACUGAAGGUUACCAUCCUUAUUUUCCUGGCUCUUGCAUUCCUUGCAUGUACAGUGUUCCUGGUGGUAUACAAGGCAUUCACCUAUGAUCACAGCUGCCCAGAUGGAUUUGUGUACAAGCACAAACGCUGUAUCCCAGCCUCACUUGAAGCUUAUUAUUCAGCUCAGGACACCAGCUCACGGAGCCGGUUCUACACAGUCAUCAGCCACUACAGCAUGGCGAAGCAAACCACCUCCCGCUCAGUCUCUCCCUGGCUUCCUGCAGGGUCAGUAGACCACGAAGCCAAGGCACCCAACACAGAGGGCCACUGAAUGACACAAACACGUACUUUUAAAACAUGCUUCGCGUUUUAAAUUCACAGUGCUCUAGCAGCAAAGAGGAUGACCUGUAAUCAUCUGACAUUUUGUUUUUCAGUUCCUUGUUAUUGCUGUUUUGUAUUUGAUAUGAACAAGCAUUUGUACAAAGGCAUGAUCAGUGUUGGUGAAAUUCAUGUUGUAAAAUCAUUUUCAAUACAAUUUAGAAUCGCCUCGUUCUAACUUACUCAUGGUUAGAUGUUUCUACAGUACAAGACAGGCAGCAUGCAUUUUGGAUACAGAACACAAAUCACAAUGUAGCUUUACUGUUAGUAAUCCAUUCAUAAAAUGUGUCAUCAGGAAACAAACUGGAUUCAGGAUCGUUUACUGUUAUUUUUUACAUAUAUGCAAGGAAGACAUCUUAAGCCAUUAUAUACACCUAAAACAAGUGCCAUACCAAAAAUAACUCCCAAAUUUAAGAAAUUUCAAAAGUGGGGAUUUAAAAGGUUUUUAAUUAUUGUGAAUCCGGAUUGUCCCUACUACAGAUUUCCAGUUUGAGCCAAGUUGUAUAUAACUUCUUUUAUAGAUAAACCAUAAACACAUUGACACCAGUAGUUCAUCCAUCCCUGAUCUGUUACAGUAUCUCAUUUUUUAUGCAUUAUGAUUUUCUUUUGUUGGAAUAUACAUGGUAAGCCAAAAGCAACACAUUUUUGCCAAAAAAAGUACUAUUUAUGUUGUGUAUUUCAGAAACACCUCUUAGCUAGACUAAUGUUCAACCAAAAUGUUUUUAAGUAAGGUGAAACCAUACAUUUUCCAUAAUGUUUACAUGCUAAUUUAUUGUUUUUUCAUCCAUUGUAAAAAUAUUUUUAAAUCAUUGUGGUGUAAUUUUGUCAAAAUUUAGCAAAGCCUGAAGUAUUUUUGAGUGUGCGUCCUUUAGUUUUCUGACAAAACUAAAAUAAAGCAAGAUGUGUCUGA